AUGGCAUUCUACAAAUCCCCAUUCAAAGCAACCGUCGUCAAUGGCAGGAUCGAGGGCGCGGGACGAUACACCUUCCCGGAUGGGAACGUCUAUAUCGGCGACUUCAAGGACGGACAAUUUCACGGCCACGGCACCAUUCACUUCAAACACGGUGGUCUCUAUGAUGCAGAGUGGGAGAAUGGCGUCGCCGUCCAGGGCACAUACACUUUCAAAGAUGGUCUCGAAUAUGAGCCCGAGGACUGGGACUACUGCACCGACAAGGAUCGCCGGUUCUUCUCGGAGCGUGUGAAUGGGUUUCCGCCAGGUCGGUAUACACAGUUGACAAACGAUGCGAACCGAGCACCGUCGAUCCCAAAGGGAACGUUUGAUAUCGGAGACGGCUAUUACAGCGAAGCGACUGGCCGCAUUCAUACCUACGAUGGACAGCCUUCGCGGCAGCCAUCGGAUGAAGAGCGAGAGUGGAUUGUUAGGUAUGUCCGACGCAGCUGA